AUGGGGCGGGGUGGCACAGCGCAGGCGGCCAUGGCGGCGGGCAGCGCGGCGGAGCGGCGGCGGCGGUUGGGCCGGCUCUCGGCGUUGUCCGUGUACCGGCGGGCGGCCGGGGCCGGGCAGCCCGAGCGUCCCCGUGCAGGCGGCAAGUGGGCCAAGGAGCGGCCGAGGCGCGGCGGGGCGGGAGGCGGCGGUCCGAAGCUCAAGGCCCCGCCUGAACCGAGUGCCUCCGCUGCCGUCAGCCGCGUGGAGCGGGCCAAGGCGCCGGCCCACAACGCUGAAGCGAAGGGGCAGCGCGGCACAGCGGAGGGCUCGGGAGAAGGCGGCGGCGGGGCGGGAGGCGGCGGUUCGGAGCCCAAGGCCCCGCCUGAACCGAGUGCCUCCGCUGCCGUCAGCCGCGUGGAACGGGCCAAGGCGCCGGCCCGCAGCCCUGAAGCGAAGCGGCAGCGAGGCACAGCGGAGGGCUCGGGAGAAGGCGGCGGCGUGCCCGGGCUGCUGCGGCGGCUGGGGCAGCUGGACGACAGCCGCCAGCGGGCGGCGGAGCUGUUCCGGUGGCUGCUGGCCCCGGUAUCGCCGGCGGAGUUCGUGAGGCGGCACUGGGAGCGGGCGCCGCUGCUGCUGCGGCGGGGUGACCCCGGCUACUACACGGGGCUCUUCUCCACGGCCGAGUUCGACGCGGCCCUGCGGGGUGGCGGGGUGCACUUCGGGACCCACCUGGACGUUACCAGCUACGCCGAGGGAGUGCGGGAGACGCACAACCCAUCUGGCAGGGCCUUGCCCGCCGUCGUGUGGGACUUCUACCAGAACGGCUGCUCCCUGCGGCUUCUCAGCCCCCAGACGUUUUCCGACACCGUCUGGCGCUUCCUCUCCACCCUGCAGGAGCAUUUCGGCAGCAUGGUGGGGGCCAACACAUACCUUACACCGCCGGGGACGCAGGGCUUCGCCCCCCACUAUGAUGACAUCGAGGCCUUUGUGCUGCAGCUGGAGGGCAAGAAACACUGGCGUGUCUACAGCCCUCGGGUGGAUGCUGAAGUGCUGCCCCAGUUCUCCAGUGCGAACCUCACACAGGCUGAGCUUGGUGAACCUAUGCUGGAGACAGUGCUGGAGGCUGGGGACCUGCUGUACUUCCCCCGUGGCUUUAUCCACCAGGGCAACUGCCUUCCUGAUGCACACUCCCUCCACAUCACUGUGUCUUCCUACCAGAGGAACUCCUGGGGGGACCUCCUGGAGAAGCUCCUGCCAGCUGCCCUGCACAUGGCCCUGGAGGAGGAUGUGGAGUUCCGGCAAGGGCUUCCCAUGGACUACCUGGGAUACAUGGGGGUUGCCAACUCAGACAAAGUUGAUGCUCGCCGAACAGCCUUUAUGGAGAAGGUGCAGAGCCUGAUAAAGAAACUUGUUGACUAUGCACCCAUUGAUGCUGCUGUGGAUCAGAGAGCCAAGUCGUUUCUUCAUGACUGUCUACCCCCAGUGCUUACACAAAGUGAAAAGCUGCAGAGUAUGUAUGGCUUCCCAGCCAGGUGGCAAGAUGGAGGGCCCUGCAAUGUCGAUAUUCUGAUAACAAAAGACACAGAAGUCCGUCUCCUCCACCAUGGCAUCAUUAGAUUGUGUAAUGAAGAAGCAGGGGUGAUGCUGUAUUACACGACGGAAAACUCAAGAGUGUAUCACAAGGAAGAGCCCAAGUUUCUUGAGCUAGGUCCCGAGCAUAUAGACAGCAUUGAAUUUCUCCUGUCUUCUUAUCCAAACCAUGUCAGUGUGGAUGCUCUUCCAUGUGAAACACUGGAGGAUAAGAUAUCUCUAGCCACGCUCCUGUUUGAGAAGGGCAUUCUGACUACCAAGAAGCCUCUGGUACAAAUAUAACUUUUUUUAGCAAAAUAAAUAUACAUUUAUUUAGAAA